UGGAAGAUGUCGAACCAGAGCGACGGCAACACCAAGCCCCCAUGCUUACCCCGGAAUGGCCUGGUAAAGCUCGCCAGCCAGCCCAACGGCCUCAGCUCUGCCAGCAUCACCAAAGGGACCCCAGCUGUGAAGAACCGACUCUGCCAGCUGCCCCCUGUGCCUGCCCUCACCAGCCCAGCCUUCCCAGUGCCCACUGAACGGCCCCCACCCAGCCUGGCGUCCCCCCUCUCCUUAGCUGCCUUGGCAGGGGGGCCAUGCCCCUCCUCUGAGCCCCUCGCCGCUGGACUGUCCCCUGGUGAGAGCCCCAGCCAGGCUCCCACCUCCCCCACAGAGAGGCAGCCCCUAGCCGUGGAUGAGAAGAUCCUCAAUGGUCUCUUCUGCUACUUCUCCGCCUGUGAGAAGUGCGUGCUGGCCCAGGUGUGCAAAGCCUGGCGGAGGGUGCUUUACCAGCCCAAGUUCUGGGUGGGCCUCACCCCGGUCCUGCAUGCCAAGGAGCUGUACAAUGUGCUGCCCAGCGGGGAGAAGGAAUUUGUGAACUUGCAGGGUUUUGCCACACGUGGCUUCGACGGCUUCUGCCUCGUCGGUGUCUCGGACCUAGACAUUUGUGAAUUCAUUGACAACUACUCUCUGUCAAAGAAGGGCGUCAAGUCCAUGAGCCUCAAGCGGUCUACCAUCACGGAUGCCGGCCUGGAGGUCAUGCUAGAGCAGAUGCAAGGGGUAGUUCGUCUGGAGCUGUCCGGCUGCAACGACUUCACGGAGGCGGGCCUGUGGUCCAGCCUCAACGCCCGCAUCACCUCGUUGAGCGUCAGCGACUGCAUUAACGUGGCCGAUGACGCCAUCGCCGCCAUUUCUCAGCUGCUGCCCAACCUGGCCGAGCUGAGCCUGCAGGCGUACCACGUCACGGACACGGCCCUGGCCUACUUCACGGCCAAGCAGGGCUACACCACCCACACCCUGCGGCUGCACUCCUGCUGGGAGAUCACCAACCACGGCGUGGUCAACAUGGUGCACAGCCUGCCCAACCUGACUUCCCUCAGCCUCUCUGGCUGCUCCAAAGUCACGGAUGACGGGGUGGAGCUUGUGGCCGAGAACCUCCGCAAGCUGCGCAGCCUCGACCUGUCCUGGUGCCCCCGGAUCACCGACAUGGCCCUGGAGUACAUCGCUUGUGACCUGCAUAAGCUGGAGGAGCUGGUGCUUGACAGGUGUGUUCGAAUCACAGACACUGGACUCAGCUACCUGUCCACCAUGUCUUCGCUUCGAAGUCUCUACCUACGAUGGUGCUGUCAGGUGCAGGAUUUUGGGCUGAAACACCUCCUGGCCAUGAGGAGUUUGCGCCUCCUCUCUCUCGCAGGCUGUCCCCUGCUGACCACCACGGGGCUCUCUGGCCUGGUGCAGUUGCAGGAACUGGAAGAGCUGGAACUGACCAACUGCCCUGGAGCCACCCCCGAGCUCUUCAAGUAUUUCUCCCAGCACCUACCCCGAUGCCUGGUCAUAGAGUAG